AAGCAAUGAGCAAAUUUUGCCCAAAUUCAGAUCUCUGAUUCAACUUCUGCCUGCAAAUUCACUCCUCCUCCUCUGCUAAUCCCGCGAAAGUCGCGCUAAAGCAAUCGGCAAUCGCCAUUUUUCCCUCAUGCGACGCAAUUAUUGAUUGCAUAGAUCGAGCUCGUCAAAAUAGGGAGACCCAUUUGUUUUUGACGAGAAAAGCACCGAUCUUUGCGGUUGAAAUCGGUUUUGUUUUUUCCGGCACCGGGAAUGAAGGCCAAAGGGGCGGCGGCGGCGGCGGCGGCGGUGCUGAAUCCUGUUCCUCUUGAGCAUAAGAGGGAUGCUUAUGGGUUUGCAGUGAGACCUCAGCACUUGCAAAGAUAUCGGGAAUAUGCUAAUAUAUACAAGGAAGAAGAGGAGGAGAGGUCGGAUAGGUGGAAGGACUUUUUGGAAAGGCAAUCAGGGUCUGGACAGUUGCCUGUAAAUAAAUCGACCGACAUAAACGCUGAUGAUAGUCAAAAUAACGUGCCUGAUUCUGAUGGCAACCAGACUAAGCCAAAUAUUUUUAAUGAGGAAAAUUCGGAAUUGCGAUCUGAAAAGGAUGGAAAAGUUCAUAGAGUACAAACGUGGACCGAGAUUAGAUCAUCUCUAUGUGCCAUAGAGGACUUCAUGAGCUCUCGUGUGAAAAAGAAAGUGAGUUUCAAUAAAAGCCAGUCUGAUCUUGCUGCAAAGAAGCCACUUCAAUCCAUUGAUGAGACAAGACCUGGAAAAGGAGCACCUGAAGAAGACUCCGAGGAAGAGUUCUAUGAUGUGGAGAGAUCAGGAUCAGAAUCAGAUUCGGCUCCAGAGAUUCCCAGCCAUGCUGCUCAUUCAGAAGCUCCACCUCCUUGGAAGGAAGAGCUUGAAUGUCUCGUUCAAGGGGGCGUUCCGAUGGCUUUGAGGGGAGAGCUGUGGCAAGCCUUUGUUGGUGUAAGAGCACGGCGGGUGGAGAAUUACUAUCAAAAUCUGCUUGCUUCAGACACUAACACAGAAACUAAGAGCAGUCGACUAAAGGACAAGAAUCACGACUCAAAUCUAGAGAAUGUAGUAAUAUCUGAAAAAUGGAGAGGCCAGAUUGAAAAGGAUUUACCUCGAACUUUUCCUGGUCACCCUGCUCUAGACGAGGACGGUAGAAAUGCUUUAAGGCGUUUACUCACAGCAUAUGCCCGCCAUAAUCCCUCUGUUGGUUACUGCCAGGCAAUGAAUUUUUUCGCGGGCUUGUUAUUGCUUUUAAUGUCGGAGGAAAAUGCCUUUUGGGCCUUAGUGGGACUUCUAGAUGAUUAUUUUGACGGCUAUUACUCUGAAGAAAUGGUAGAAUCUCAGGUUGAUCAGCUUGUUCUUGAGGAGUUGGUCCGUGAAAAGUUCCCGAAAUUGGUAAACCAUCUGGAUUACCUGGGAGUGCAGGUGGCGUGGGUGACUGCCCCGUGGUUCCUCACAAUAUAUAUGAAUAUGCUUCCAUGGGAAAGUGUUCUUAGAGUCUGGGAUGUGAUCCUCUUCCAAGGAAACCGUGUAAUGCUAUUCCGCACAGCACUUGCGUUGAUGGAGCUAUAUGGACCUGCAUUAGUUACAACAAAGGAUGCUGGAGACGCAGUCACGCUUCUUCAGUCACUAGCUGGCUCCACUUUCGACAGCAGUCAACUUGUCUUGACAGCUUGCUCGGGUUACCAAAACGUUAUUGAGGAAAGACUACAAGAACUAAGAAAUAAGCAUCGGCCAACUGUUAUAGCUGCGUUGGAAGAAAGGUCAAAGGGCAUGAGAGUUUGGAGGGAUUCUCAGUGUCUGUCGUCAAAGUUGUAUAGUUUCAAGCAGGACGCAGGUUCAAUCAUAAGAACUGACAAACCAGAAGGACCGAACGGUGAUGUGUCGCACUUGGAUGGUUCACCUGCUGAUGGGGAUGAGCUUUUCGUGAACGGUGAUGUGGAGAUGGAUCCUGCUAAAGAUCUUCAGGAGCAGGUAGUAUGGCUCAAGGUCGAGCAGUGCAAGCUGAUUGAGGAAAAACGGUCAGCUGAACUCAGAGCAGAAGAGCUCGAAAUAGCACUGAUGGAGAUGGUUAAGCAGGAUAAUCGUCGACAAUUGAGUGCUAAGGUUGAAAAGAUGCAGCGAGAGUUGUCUGAGCUGCGGAGCGCCCUAGUUGAAAAGCAUGAACAAGAGAACGCCAUGCUUCAGAUUUUAAUGAGGGUUGAACAAGCGCAGAAGGUGACAGAAGAUGCUCGCAUAUAUGCUGAGCAAGACGCAGCUGCCCAGAGAUACGCAGCUCAAGUGCUUGAGGCGAAGUGCGAACAGGCGGCUCUCGCCUUGGCCGAGAUGGAACAGAGGGCAGUUAUGGCAGAAUCCAUGCUCGAAGCUACACUGCAGUACCAGUCUGGGCAAACCAAAGCGAUGUCUUCCCCUCGAUCGACCCAGCAAAGUAAUCAAGAACCUUCACAAGAUGUGCCGGCAAGAAAGAUCAGUUUGCUAGCCAGACCAUUCGGAUUAGGAUGGCGAGACAAGAACAAGGAGAAACCGGCGAGUCUUGAGGAGCAAAACGAUGCGAAGCUCCCAAACGAAGAGAAGAGUGUGAGUGACGUGCAGGCUGAGGUCCCGGUGUAGGAGACGUGUAGUUGGAAGGCGGCUCGAAAAGAAAUGGAACCAGAUUCCCCUCUUUGGCUGUGUAGUUAUGUUGUGCUAUUUGAGUAUAUGUUCUUUUUAGUAAAGAGAAUGUGGUAAUAUUUUUGAAGUUUUUGUCUGUUAUUUCAUUGAUGAUAUUGAUUUUAGUGAGAGAGAAGUAUAAGUAGCAUUUGAUGUGCAA